AGGUGGUAAAAAGUUUCCUGUGAGUAGAGUGGAUUUGUGUGUGGUCACCUCCCAUGUGGGAAACAUUUCCACUGUGCCGACGUAAACGGCCGACUAUUGAAGAGCAGGAGCAAGUGGCAAUAUCCCCUCCACCAGGGGAAAUAAGGCCUUCACAGCCAGUGUGGCUCCCAGAAGAAGAGGAAGGAUAUGGGGCAAAUAAACACAGCCCAGUUGAAUGGUCAGGGCUUUUAUUUAUUUAUGAGAGGAAGCGCGGCGAGGAACAACAAUGCUGUUCCCGAUGAGGAAAUACAGCUCCCUUGUGUUUUGAAGUGGGCUCGUCGUCGUGGACCUGGCAGCUGCUGACAUCAUGUGAACAGACCCAGACCACAGUGGACGGGGGCUGAGCGGCAGCGAGCAGGAGCUGCACCAGUGUGAUGCUGCUCUCCCCGUGUAACACUGGGCUCUGGAGGGUGAACGGAUUCGGAUGAAUCGGUCUCAAGUAGUUUGGUUCUGCUUGUAGGCGCCGGACAGCAAAGGCAGCAACUCUGAUUACUUUGGUGUAAUGAGAGCGCUGGUCAUGGACAGAUGAUGGACGUGGAGACGUCGUACUCGGACUUCAUCAACUGUGAUCGCACAGGCCGCAGGAACGCAGUACCCGACAUCGCAGGGCAGGAGAAAUCAGCGGCCAGCACCAGUGAACUCACCAAAGACCUGGCGGGGAUGGACCUGAAGGCUGCAGAAGGAGACCCAGGGGCCGCCCCAGCCCCUGAGGCCGAGGGCGCCACCAGCCAAGAAGCCCAGGGAAGUGGAGGUCCGUCCUAAACUCAGCCGGGCGGAGCCUGAUGGGGGCCGAGCCGAGGAGAGAAGGGUGGAAGCGGGAGAAAGUGGAGGACGGAGAGAGAGUGUGUUUUUCCCAACCAGACACGAGACACCUCGGCUCACUGCCGGCCUGGUCGGAGCGCCCGCUGCUCUGAGUGUUCGCCUUUUCAUUGGACCCUGUUGAAACAUGAGGACCAGAACAGAAGUGACAGUCUUCUUCAGACUCUGUUUGUCGUUUAUUUUCCCCGCCCAGACAAGAAAGCACAGAAACUUUGGAUUCACGUCUGUGGAGAUGGACUCAAACACUGUUCCAAACUAAUAUGGAGCCGUGUCAUCGAGUGAAUAUUCAUAAUCAUCUACGUGUCCUUUUCUUUUUAUGUCCGUGUGUGAGUUUGUGACCCUGUUGUUCGGUUUCAUCAUCGAGUCUUUUCUUUUUUCUUUUGUAACAAACAUAGUCGCAGUUAAAACUGUCGUGUGCGGACUUCAUAUUUAUUGCUAAAUGUUCAGUGAUAACUUUGUGAUAGCAAUUUUCUUUGUGUAAUAAAAUAACUAUGAACUACUGCAA